UUUUGACACGACCCACGUGUUUAGGCAAUUUCUGGGUUUAUUUUAUUAAACACGUGUAAAUAUUUAGUUAUUUAAGUAAUAAGUUAAGUAAUUAAUCAAAAAUGGCGGAGUUGACGAGUAAGAUAUUUAAUUACAAGCAAGAAGAUUUUAUUUUUGAAAUAAAAGAACCUGGAGAAUCAGAAUUUGAUAGAUUGCUAAUUGAAAAAUGGAAACAUGCGGAGGAUAAUAAUAUUUUGAGGUAUAAAUUGGUGAUUAAUAAAGAAAAACGUCUUAGUGGGAAAUAUAAUUUUUUAAUGCAGUUAAACCUCGACCGAGCGCAAAAUCGUCGUACUCCAGAAAAUAUAACAUCAAUAAAGCAGCCAUUUGAUCCAACCCGUUUCAACUUCACAAAAAUUCCCGAAGAAGAAAUAAUAAUCGACUUAUCAAACGGCCAGGGUAACGACGUGAUAGCUGUAAAUAUAAGCCCGUUUGCCUACGGCCAUGUCUUAUUUCUAUCCGACCGCCUAAAAUGUUUGCCUCAAGUUUUGACCAAGCGAAGCUUGGCUCAAAUUAUCCAGCUAUUUCUUCUCAGCAAAUCUCCAUAUUUGCGAGCUGUUUUCAAUGGACUAUGCGCGUACGCAUCAGUGAACCACCUUCACUGGCAUUUUUAUUACCUGAAACAUGAAAUGUUACUUGAAGAAAUUGAGCUAGAAUGUCUGACAAAUCAAGUUUACAUUCUGAAAGACUACCCAGCUCGCGGAUUCUGCUUAAAACUUUCAUCAUUUCCUGACAAAAACUUGGAAAAUUUUGUGAAGAAGAUAUUUUUUAUCGUUGAAUGGCUGCAGAAUAAUGAAGUCGCUCACAAUAUUGCGAUAACUCGCGCUAAAUCUCCAGGACAAGCUUUUUAUGAUGACGUUAGAGUUUAUAUCUGGGCUACAAAAAUCAACACCGGGAUCAAAGACACCAGCGCAUUUGUUCCGGCUGUUUCUGAGUCUUUUGGACUUUUAUGUAUAAGAAACCAAGAAGCUUAUGAAACUUUAACAGAAGAAGAAGUUAUAAAGUGCCUAGAAGAAGUUACCGAGCCCUUUCACGCACUUUGUCCGAAAUUAAAAGCUCUUUUAAAUUAAAUAAGUGUCCCACCUGUCUUCUAUAUACAUAAAUAAAUAAUGUUAUAAGAGACAGAGCGCUAUAACCUCAAAAAUUUAGCGCGCAAUAAAAAUAAACUCCAAAAGAAAGUGCGGCGAUAAUUGUAAAUAAAUAAAUAAAUAAAUAAUUUAUGUAAAAUUU